GUGGGCUGCUUCAUGUCCCCUGCCCACCUCCUCUUAUUUCUCCUCCUCCAGCUCUCUUCAUCCAGUCGCUUUCUGUCAGCAGGAGCCGGAGGAGAGACCAGUUCACAAGCGCGCUCCUUACGCGAGGAACCCUCAGCAUUUCCACAAGAGAAUUUCUUCUUCUUUUUGUCUUAACUCCAGUUAUUUCAUCGACAAUUUCAAAAAAAGAGAUGAGCUUUUGUGCUCUUACCAUCCGAUGCAUUCCCUCAGAAUGGUGAAGUUAGUUUGAGGAACUUUCGUUUGGCACCGCCGGGGAGCUUUUUACGCGCAAGAGUCUCCAAAACAUCUCCGCAUGUCAUUCUUCUAUUAACUCCGCUUUUUUAAUUAUUAUAUUUUUUUUAAGCAAAAAAUGUUUUCUUACGAGAUGUUCAUCUGCGUCCUGGCCUUCGCAUGUCUCCUGGAGAUCCCGCGGGGCACCGGAGCCGCGUCCUGCGAGCCCAUCCGCAUCCCCAUGUGCAAAUCCAUGCCCUGGAACAUGACCAAGAUGCCCAACCACCUCCAUCACAGCACGCAGGCCAACGCCGUCCUGGCCAUCGAGCAGUUUGAAGGGCUUCUGGGCACCCAGUGCAGCGCGGAUCUGCUGUUCUUCUUGUGCGCCAUGUACGCGCCCAUCUGCACCAUCGACUUCCAGCACGACCCGAUCAAGCCCUGCAAGUCCGUGUGCGAGCGGGCUAAGUGCGGCUGCGAGCCGGUCAUGAAGAGGUACAACCAUACGUGGCCGGAGAGUCUGGCCUGCGAGGAGCUGCCGGUGUACGACCGAGGAGUCUGCAUCUCACCUGAGGCCAUAGUCAAGGCGGAGGGGCCAGAUAAUUCUUACUAUCAAGACCCUGCGAAAUGUAACCCUGAGGGAAACCCAGACUUUCCAAUGGAUUCACACAAUACUAACUGCAAAGGAGCGAAUGAUCGGUGCAAAUGCAAGUCUGUGAAAUUUAAUCAAAAGACAUAUUCAAAGAAUAAUUACAAUUAUGUGAUCCGGGCAAGAGUGAAGGAGAUCAGGAUUAGAAAUCAUGACCUGAGCGCAGUAGUGGAGGUCAAAGAGGUUCUGAAGUCUUCUCUGGUCAACAUCCCUCGAGACACGGUCACUCUGUACUAUAAUUCCGGCUGUCUGUGUCCUCCGCUCACAGCCAAUGAAGAGUACAUUAUCAUGGGUUAUGAAAACGAGGAACGCUCCAGGCUGCUGCUCAUCGACAGAUCCAUUGCACAGAAGUGGAAAGAGAAAAUAGGCCGGAAAGUGAAGCGCUGGGACCAGGCUUCAAACGGGAGAAGGACCAAAUGGAUCCACCACUAAACUGUCCUUGGAAAUAAACCACACAGACAAGCCUGAGGAGCAGAAGAGCUUCAGAAAACUGAAAAAUUGCACUAUUGUACUUUUUUUUUUCCAUUUGUUUUUUUUUUUUGGGUGUCGCUUUAAUUUUUAUUGUUGUUAAAUUCUCAUUAACAAAUUGUUGCCUUUGCACAAACAAAAUGUUGGUUUGACAUUGCUGUGUUGGGAAUGGCUGGCGAGGAAUGUUGGGUAAAGUUACUUUUAAGAGUAAUGCAUUACAAUCUUGAGUCACUUUUUUUUUUUUUUAAAGAAAGUAACUAUUUAAUAACUAAAUAUGUUACAUUUUUAGGGAAAGUAAUGUGAAAGUAUGUAUUUGUUAUUUUUGUUUUUCUGUUUUUAAAGAUUAAGAUAGGCUUAAAGGGUCAGUUCAACCAAAAUUAUUUUUAUUGAACUAAAUGUGUUACUUUUUAAAGAAUGUAAUGUAAAAGUACACUGUAAAAAUCCUGGUUGCUUUACAUUUUUAAGCUGAGUCAAAUUACCCUUACCUCCAAUAAACUUAUAUUAUGUUAAACCCACUUAAAACAGCUUGCGUUACUUAUAACAUUAAGAUAAAACAUGAUUAACUUAAUAAGUUACAAUGACCUAAAAACAUGCUGUCAGGACUAAUUGAUCAUAUAAUUUUUACAGUGUAUGUAUUGUAAUUGUUAUUUUUAAAAAGUAAGAUAGGCUUAAAGGGUUAGUUCACCCAAAAUAGGAUUUAAAAUUAACGAAAUGUGUUACUUUUUAAAGAAUGUAUUGUAAAAGUACACUGUAAAAACAAGUUGACUCAACGUAAAAUUUUAAGGCAACAAUCUUCAGGACAUUUUUGAGUUUACUUAACUUAAAUCGAGUCAAGUGCAGUAACUUUGAGUCAACUCAAAAAUGUCCUGAAGUUUGUUGCCUUAAACUUUUAAGUUGAGUCAACUUUUUUUUAACAGCGUAUGUAUUGUUAUUUUUCUUUUUUUUUUAAGAUUAAGAUAGGCCUAAAGGGUUAGUUCAAUGUUGUUUAAAAGAAGUUGCCAUUACUUUUUAAGUUAAGUAAUGCCAAAGUACAUUAAAAAGAUUCUUGCUCCCUUCAUUUUUUUAGUUGAAUAAUUUUUUGAAUUUUCUUUUCAUGUCAAUCAAACUGACUAAAAUAUUAAGUUAAACUUCAUAUAAUUUUAAAAAAGUUAGUUUAAAAAAAAACCUUAUUGUUAAAAUAAGUUACAGCAACAUAAAAAUAUUUGUUGUCCUAACUUUUUGGAAUUAGUUUUUUUUUACAGUGUAUGUAUUUGCAAUUUUUUAAAAUUAAGAUAGGUUUAAAGGUUAAUUCGCCUAAAAAUAAAAAUAAAAUCUGUCUUCAUUUACUUGUUUCAAACUUGUAUGAAUUUCUUUAAUCUGUCAAACACAAAAUAAGAUAUUUUGAAAAAUGUUUGAAACCUGUAACCAUUGACUUGCAUUACUAUGAAAGUCAGUGGUUUCAGGUUUUCAUCAUUGUUCAAAAUAAGAAACUCAUAAUGGUUUGGAGCCACUUCAAGGUGAGUGAAUUAAUAAAUCUUCAUUUUUGUGUGAACUAUCCCUUUAAGAUUGUAAUAUAUCUAUUUUAAAAGUAACUUAACCCAACACUGGUGGCAAGUGUCGGGCAGCAUUUUUACCCAUCAAAGCUGAAAGGUAUUUGAGGUGCCGGUGUGGAUUAGACCUACCUUGUCAGAUUGUCCUACCUCCCAUUCAAAAAGUAGGUAGCACAUUUUGAUGACGCAAUACGCUACACAUCAGAUUUUGCUACCAGUGUAAAUUUUUAAUGUGGAGUAGUGUGAUAUGAAGCCCUAACCUAUGCACCUAAUAACCCCAAUCUCAGAACCGUUCAGAGACAGUGUUGAUAGCAUAAUCUGAUGGGUUGGAUGAAAUGUCAAGACACCAGUUCACUUUGACAUGAUGCAGCUUUCUGCGUACAAAAGCAACAAACGCACUCUCAUGCUGAAUUCUCCCCUCAGGAGGUUUUAACGUUCUUCACAAGAACAAUGAACAGCGAGAGAAGCUGAAAGAGAAUACUUUUGGCAGAAGCACAGAGACGUUGAGAUGAUCCAAGAUUUAGGAGUGUAACGUUAUUGCGGACGAUGAAAACAAGCUGUUGGGCUUUCUGAAUGAUGUUGAUUUUAAAGCAUUUUACGUGAUAAUUCCUGUAGUUCUGUUCUCUCGUAGAUAUACGCUUGAUCUUAAAUGUCAUUUGAAGUGUCAUGCAAUUGAAACUAUUGUACAAACUGUACAUAAUGCUGCAAAAGUCCAUUAUUCAGCCUGUAACUCUUCACGGAUGACAUGAGCGUGUUUGUAUGCGUCGCAAAUGACGUCGAUUUUGCAAACAGACAUUUUGUCUUCUGAGACAAACAAGAAGAUUUCUUCACUGUAUUUUGGGUUUAAGUAAAGAGGUUUCAUCUUA